GUUGAAUCCGAUGAAGUAGACGGUAAAGAGGUACCGAGGAAGUACGAGUUGUACUGUACGAUGUGUUGACAGAUUAGAAAGAUUCUGGAAAUUGCUGAACAUUAAUUGUAAUAAGUUUGAUCCAGGAAGGAGAGGAGAGAAGCCCUUGUGUCCUUGCGGUGAUGCCGGCCCAGCCCGCCGCCAGAGAGCCCGAAGAGGACAUGGAGACGGAGGGAGACUCGGAGGUGCCGCAGGCCAACGGGGAGGCGGACGAGGAGCGCGACAGGGAGCGAGGCGAGGAGCACGAGGAGACCAUGGAGGAGAGCGGCGAGGAGCACGAGAGCGACAGGGCCAGCGAGUCGGAGGAGAGCGAGGCAGAGGAGGAGGAGGAGGAAGAGGAGAGCUCAGAGAUGGACGACGAAGAUUGCGAACGAAGAAGAACAGAGUGCCUGGAUGAGAUGUCAGAUCUGGAAAAGCAGUUCCUGGAACUGAAGGAGAAGCUGUUCCGCGAGCGCCUGAACCAGGUGAAGGUGAAGCUGGACGAGGUGCUGUCGGAGAAGGCCGGGGAGUACCGGGAGCCUCUGGGCGUUCUGCAACAGAACAUGCAGAUGCGCACCCAAGUGGCCGGUAUAUAUAAGGAGCUUUGCCUGCAGGUUAUCAAGCACAAACAUGAAUGUGAGCUUCAGGGUGCGAGGCAACACCUGGAGAGUGAGCGGACGAUGCUGUUCGACACCAUGAAGACAGAACUGCUGGACAAGAUCCACAGACUAGAGGAGGAUAAGCAGAGUAUAGACAUCACCUCAGAGUGGUGGAGUGAUGAAGUGAAAGCCAAAAAGUGCAAGAGGAGGAAUCACCUCCUGCGGCCAGAGCGAAAGAAGAAAGCUGUUCUAGUUUCGGGACCUUACAUAGUCUACAUGUUACGGGACAUUGACAUCCUUGAGGACUGGACAGCCAUUAAGAAGGCUAAGGCAGUUAUUGCACCCCUCAAGAAGAAGUCAGAAGGCCGGCAGCCCCUCUCAGUGCGCUGUGAGGGGGGGACUUUGUUCUACGACGGAGAGAAAUUCUGCAAAGGCAACAGCGUUCUACUGGAGGUCAACGAUGACAGUCCCGCACAGGCGGUGAUCACGGCGGUCAGCACGGGUGAGGUGUGGCUCAAGCGCACCGACGGCAGCAAAACCAAAAUUUACAUCUCCCAGCUGCAGAAGGGCAAAUACUCCCUUCGCAAAGCCUGAAUGAUGGCUAACCCAGCACACACGCACGCACACAGGCACAUACACACACACACACACACACACACACACACACACACCAUCAGUGCAGAGCAGCCUACAAUGAACCACAAUGCAAAACCCACACACAUUCAGGUUUCUACGCGGGUUCUUACAGAACCGCUUCAAGCGGAAAGAAAAAAAGUAAAGCAUACCAAGAGAUGAUUUUUUGACCUUCAAAAGGUCCCUUUACCCUUUAAAAGGUGCUCUUAAGCACAUACCUGAGGACGUGGCUUCAAGCAAUAAUAUGAGCUACUAUAAACAGACUCACCCUCAGGAGUUCUGUCAAUCAUGUC